AUCAAACCGAGUCGUUCGUUUCAUCAUGGCUGCCAAGGAACUUGCUUGUAAUGAUUAGUCAGCUUACAUCAGCUUAAUCUUUACCAGUUGCGUCGCGAUAAACUCUGAGAGUGAGAUAUGUUACUAAAGGCUCAGAAUUAAGGAAAGUUUCAAGCAAUUUUUGUUUAGUUUAUUCACUUACUUGGAUAUUGUGUAUCGAUCUGUAACAGAUUACUUGCCUCUGUGACUUUGCCUUUUUGAUAUAAAGAUUAAAGCCAGUCUCGUACAAGCUAGAGUUUGUUGUAAAUUUGUUAUAUUCAUGAUCGUCAAAAGACAGAAUGCAAGUUAUUGGUAGAUGAGCUGAAAAUGCAUCGAUGAUCAGUUUUGAUAUAAACAUUCCACCUCGACGUUUUUCUACAUACGACAAAGCGGUUAUUGGGGCUUCAAAGAAAGUCUUUUGUAUCAUCGAAUACCAAAAGAGGGGGUGUACGUCUGAGAACAGAAGGCGGUUUUAGUCAUCACCCACAAAUCGAUCAAAGAAAUGGCCCUUGCAAAGAGCGAAUUGCCGUUUACGCCGCAAAAGGAGGUCCCAUACAAUGAAUUGCUGCCCUAUCAUGACAGAUUGGCUGAAGAUUCAACACAAGCUCUCUCUGAGAUCAAAUACAAUCUUGGAAGAGCAGUUAUGUUUGAAGAGCUGACUCCUGGGGUUCUUGUUUGGUGCAAUCGUUUAACAGUGUACUUGAAACUUUAUGGCAGAAAGUUUUCCAAAGAAGAUCAUUUGCUUUUCAUUAAUAUGCUAUAUGAGUUAUUAGCAAUUCCAGAUUUGGAGCCUCAGUUUGUGAGAGGUUUUGCCCAUGGACUCAUGCAUUUGCUCAAAAAGAAAGAGCUGAUUUCAAGAGAAGACUUGGUGUUACCAUGGCAGCCACUAUACAAGCUGAUACAUUCUGCCAAAUACUCAAAAGCCCAUCAGCUUGGUCUCACUCGCUUUCCACACAAAUAUGCAGAAUCUCUACAGCAGUUGCUACGAAUGGCAAGAAUAUAUUUUUCUGCUGAUUCGACAUCCGAGAUGCUUGAGGAAUGGCGGCCUCUGCUUUGCCCGUUUGAUACAAUCAUGGUCCAAGGUGUUAAUUAUUUAUCCAAUUUUCUUCCAACCUGCUUUACAGCAGAAGAAAAUGACCGUGGUUUCAGGCUUUGGUUUACAGAAUUGAUGGACUUUUGGCUCAACUGUACGCACCAUGUUCCAGAGACUCAGGAGGAUUUGAUGAAACUGUUUGCAAGGCUUGCGGAGGAGAAUGUUGGUUACAUCGACUGGACGGAGUACCUUCCAAAGAUAUUCAACCGGUUUCUGAGUGGACUCCAUCUGCCUGUCGGAAAAUCGAGGCCGGCCUACAAUGGCAAUUUUGAGCUUCUGCCGGUUGGCACGUCCGCACGUUGGAUUGUUUACAUGAUAAGCGAAGAGAACAAGGGGUUUGAUCACCUCAGCACUCUCUUCAAGGCCUUGGAAUCCUUUUACCACCCAUCAAAUUAUGGAAAGCAUUCGACACGUCUUUUAAGAUUCUUAUGCCAGCUCACGGAGAACUUCAUCAAAAGGCUACACAGAGAAAGAUACCGAAAGUCUAACUGGAUGAAUAAAACUCCGGAAAGUGCCAAACUCAAAGACUCUGAAGUCGACAGAUUUGUUAUGAUUCUAAAACCCAUAGCAAUGCUUGCUGUUUAUAGCAAGACAGGAAGUUUUGAUGCAGCUGCAACUUUGCAGAAUUUAUCGCAAAUUAGGCCUGGUUUGAUUCUGCCACCCUUAGUUGACAGGACUUUUGAGGCCCUUGGUGCUGUUAUUGAGCCUCACCAAGUUGUUGCAACGUUGUCGUGUAUCACGUCAGUGUCCAGAUCGUUAGUUGCGGGUGGAGAAUCAUUCCCAGCAGGCCAAUUGCAUGUUUUGACGCUGCUAAGAAUGGCACUUCCCGGAAUAGAUACGAAUGAUUUCCGCAAAUCAAUGUCCACUUUCACAUUAAUCACAUCCAUUGUCAGCCUCAUUCCGCUGGUGGACUGCUCACCAGCCCUGGUGCAAGGCAUCAAAAUGACAGAACACGAAAAAGAACUCUGUGCCGUAUCUGCAAAUUUCGAAGAUUUUGUGGUGGAACUUCUUGACAGGUGCUUUAAUAUGAUUGACAAUAGCUCAAUGGAAGAAGCCAGCCAACAUGAUAGCGUUGCUGAAGGCAUGGACACCCAGGAGGGCAUCAUUGGCAUGGGCCUAGCCUCGACAUUGCAUACUGUCCUUAUACAGUCAUCUCCAAAGAUUUUUGCGACUGCGCUACAAAGAUUGUUUAAUUAUUGUGAAUCAAGAGUCCUCGAGGUUGCGAUUGCUGGAAAGAUGGUUUCUGAUAUGGUUCGAGCUGCUGUCAAAGCGUAUCCUGCUGCAACAGUGAAGAAAUUUCUUCCACACUGUGCACGGAUUAUAAAGAACAUGACUUCAUCUGAUGAGAUAAAAGAUGAGGAAACUGUUGACGGUGAGCUGGUUUGGAACCUAGAGAUCCUGUCAGAACUCGUUCGAUGCACUGGAAAAGAACUGCUGCCAUACAUUUCAGAGCUAGAAAGCAUAAUAUCAUCAACGAUCAAUCUGAAAUGCAAAAAAGCAUACACCAGAUCUGCCAAGAUUCUGAAAGGUGUUUUCACAUUUCUCACACAAAUAUAUCCUGACGAAUGGAGAAGCAUUCCAGAUACAUUUGAUCUGCCUGUAGACAAGCAUUUGUAUGUUCGAGAUUGGGGGAAGGUUACUGACACGAAGGACCUUGACAUGCACUGGCAUGUGCCCUCCUCGGAGGAGCUUGAAGCUGCCAGUAGACUAUUAAAGAAAUUUGUAGUCCCAGAAAUGGAUAAGCUAAAACAAUGCAUGAAUGGAAAGACAUUCACAAGGGAGCAAAUUCAUCAGACCCUUCAUAUUAUUGUUUCGUGCAUAUGUGGUGCUUCGUGCUUGCUGAAAACCUGGACUGAUGAACCGAGAAUAGAGUCAAUUGGUCCAAAAAGUAUGGUGCCAAGAGAUCGAUCAUUUCCUGUCACUACCGUUGCUUCUAACGAAACCGUAUUUUGUGAAGUCACAAGAAAAGAUCUUGCAUUAGUUGUUCACCAAUUUCUUGAAUACCUGCUCGAGAAGCAAGAAGACGACACAAAAGCGUUUCACUUCAUUAUUAAGAUUUACAGCUAUCUCAUUUUGUAUCAUGGAGUGGCAAGGGAUGAUUUUGAUAUGAGGUGGACGAGUACGACUGCAGUUAAAAAGACUUUGGAAAACAAAUUACACGGAAAAAAGAAACACGUUCGCUCACUGUUGAUCGAGCGCGUUCAACUGCAGCACGAUAUGCGUUUAUUAGAAAGACAGUCAACUCCACUUACCGGUGUCGACAUCUUGCUGAUCGACGAUCUGCUUACCCUAAGUACAAUGGUUUACACUGAGGUUCGAAUCAAGGCACAGAAGACGCUAUUUCAAUGCUUCGACAUCUUUGAUUAUUCUGCCAGAGCUAUCUUGCCUAAAGUUCUAGACAAGCUAAAGGAUGAUCCUGCAGUUUCACACGAGCAGUUUAAGGGAGCGUUGCACAUUCUGUUGAACAGCCGGAUGCAGCAUCUGAUUACUCACUACUGGGAGACAAUUUUUGAGACAUGGCCAAAAAUUAUUGAAGCUGACCACUCAGAAAAACCUUCAAUGGUGAAAAUCAUCGAUAAGUUAGUGGAUACAUUGCAAAGCCGGUUUGACAGUGUUGGCCUAAAGCGAAUGAUCACAACAGGGUGCGAGAACGUGGCCACCCGCAUUCUCAAAUCAACAAACCCUUUACCAGCCCCAAAAGGAUGUUACAAGGAGGUCACUGAACCAGCGCUGCCAUCGCAAGAAGCAUUAAAACUCGGAUCUGAAGCUGCCGAUGCCGAAAACAACAAGCGAGUUCAGUUUUACUACGAUCUUGUAGAUCAACUUACAGACAAGAUUGAAGACAACAAUUUGAGAUGGAGGCACAUCCAAAUCUGUGUAAACUUGCUGACGUUGCUGAUUCGAAAUGACAUAAAGCUGCCAGCUAGAGCUGUGAAAGUAUUUGUUCGACUUCUCGCCCACGAUGCCCUUGCGAUGCGAAAGAAAAGCACGAAGGCUCUUGGUGGGAUAUUGCAUCAACAGAAAAAAAGCCACAAGAAGAUUGCAGUUGACCUGAAGGCUAAAGGGUUUGAUUCAUCUAAGCAGUCACUAUCAAGUUUACCUCCCGGUAACAGAUUGGAUAAUGAAUGGGUACUGUAUAAAUCCUCGAAUGCUCCUAAGACUGAGGAGGAAUGGAAUCGUUUUGAGUUCAUUGAUAAGACACAUCUCGGAUUCUACACAUGGCCAAAAACUUUGUACACAUUUGCAUCACCGAAAGAUCAGACCCCUCCAGGAAGGGCUGCUGGAAAUUUAUCAGAAGAAGAGCUGGUAAUUUGCAAUGCCUUCACGGAACAAGACUUCGUCUCAAAGGUCAUUUCAUUCAUGUCUUUGGAAGAAAAGAAAGGAAAAGAUUCUUUUUCUGGAUACAGAUACUCCCUCUUCCAUGGCACCUUUCGAAAUGUGGGACCAGAAGCCUUUGAAGUACUCAAGCCAGUUCUGGAGAAAUUGCUGAACGAAAACCAGGAGAGUAGCCACAGAUGUGCAACGGAAGUUAUCGCUGGGUUGAUUCGCGGAUCAAAGCACUGGAAUUUUACCGCGCUACAAGAUAUAUGGUCCUUCUUACUUCCGCUGCUAAAGAAAGCCUUUGCCAAUAUUAUUCCGGAGGUUUUGAAUGACUGGGCUACUGCUUUUGUUACUGCAACGGAAAGCAUGGACCCGCAUCGAUUCCGUCAGUUAUUUGACUUCCUUUUGGACAAGCCCAUUAAUGGUGACGGAGGAGCAUUUGGGGACUCGGCGCGUCUCCUCAUCGCCCAGAGUACUGUAGUGCAGCACGAAUGGAGAGUUCCAGAGCUGAACCAUCAGCUGUUCAGUUACCUCAUACCUCAUCUUGGCCAUUUGUAUAAAAGUGUUAGAGAUCGUGUUGGCAGUGUAUAUUCAUACUUGCUGAUGUUUGACGUCAAAUGUGGAAACAGCAGCCCAACGAACUCCCCCAAAAUGGGCGAUCUAUUAGAACACGUCAUUGGCUUCUUAGAACUACUAAAUAACGAUGAUGCACAGCGCCUUGAGCGUGGAAUCGACCAGGAUGUGGAAUUGCUCUCUAUCAGCAAUAGUAGCUCUCUUAACGCCCCCAAUGAUUCAAAGUCUCUCGAAUCGGCUUCACCAAAAGGCCAACCACCCGCUAAUGAGCCUUCUGCAGGUAACGAAGCUGGAGAUGAUGACGAUCGAAAGCAAGCUUUGAGAGUAGCCAAAACUGUUCUAACAAUUUUGUCAAGCCAACACUAUACGAUUCAGACCGUAUCAGAAGAAACCUUUCGAAUGCUGUCAUUUUUGAUGCCGUUGGAGUCGCGCGAGGAUGACCCCGAGCUUCAGGAUUAUUGUAAAUUCGUUUUAAGCAAAUUGCCAGGGCAGCAACUGAAGGACCAGCUCAUACCUGUCGCCAUUUCGAUGUUAACUCGGGUGUAUCUGCAUCGUUCAUGGAAUGCCCGGCGUUUAGUUUUACGUUACUUGCAAGUUAUGAUUUUCCACAACCUGUUUACCCUUAAAGCGAAUAAAUACAAGAAUGACCUGUGUCAUCUUGUACUGCGUGCAAUAGAGGAUGAACAGUUGGAAGUGAGGCUAGAGGCAUCCAAGACUCUCAGCGGCCUUGUUCAUUAUGGUUACUUUGUUGUCGAUGAUUCCCUGCGCCAGAGAUUCUCGCAGAUGGCAAAGACGAGACUGGCGAAACGAAAACGAGGAGAGGUUACUAGCCAAGUCGAUGCAAACCCAAACGGGUAUGCCCUGCGUCAAAGACAUUCAGGUGUUCUUGGUAUGUCAGCAUGCAUCCUAGCAUUUCCAUACGAAGUGCCAGAGUGGAUGCCUCAAAUGCUUUUGGAAGUUGGGGAGCAUCUGCAUGAAGGAAAUUACAUACAGGCAACGGUGAAGAAAACACUUUCGGACUUCAGAAGAACUCACCAUGAUAAUUGGCAGGAACACAAACAAAAAUUCAAGGACGAUCAACUGGCUGUUCUAACAGACUUGCUUGUUUCGCCUAAUUACUAUGCAUGACCGUGCUUGCUAUUGAAGAGAUCGACAAAGCUAGAUACUUUUUCAAAGAUCUCACUUCUUCGCGUAAAUAAUCCUUUAAAACCAAUACAUUAUUAAGUUUCGAUUAAGAUUUUAUAAUGAGCCUGUAAUCAUGAUUCUUGAUCGAAUGUUUUUCACGCUGA